UUAUAAAUACAAAAGUGUUCACAAACUUCUACCGUAUUAUUGCCGUUGAAUUUUCGGUUUGCUUCUUUAUUUAUUAACAUUAUGUAUAUCAAUUGUAUUAUGCCAUUGCAAAAAUUAAAUUAUGCUUGACAUUUUGUGUGGUUAAUGCUUAUAUCGAACAAUGCAACUGAAGAAUUUAGAGAGGAUUUCGCAGAGCGGACAAAGAGAGCGAAAUCAAAUUUGGAAUACUUUGAUACAAGUAUAUCGAGAUUUCGCUAAUCAGUCAACGAUACACGGAAUCAAAUACACAGCACAAGCAAAGACAGCGACAGAAAGAUUACUAUGGUUAACAAUUCUUAUCAUUUCACUAUGUUGUGCUGCUGAAUUGGCUAAUAAAUUUUAUGAGAGACACGAAUCAGGGAAUAUGCGAACGACCGUCGUCUCGGAUCAAUUUCCAUCAUUCAAGUUGCCUGUACCUACAGUGACACUAUGUCAUGGGAACUUAGUGUCCGCCGAACGUUUAAACCACUUUUUAAAAAAACAGAAAUUGCACAUGCCAACCGGCCUCUCGAUCAAGGACUUUGAACGUGGCGUACAGCACUUUCGCGAGAUAAUCUACCCCUACCAUCAUUACCCGAAGGAGUUGAGCAACCUCCAGCAGAUACUCGACGCGAACAACAUAAGCGUCGCGCACCUGCUGCGAGAACUCUCACCCAAGUGUAUGGACGUGCUGCUGAUGUGCAUGUACGAAGGUCGGAUCGCCCACUGCGACGACGUCUUCGUGUCCAAGCUCACCUCUUACGGCUUCUGUUGCUUAUUUAACAGCGACGAGCAGAACGAUUUGAGAAUAUCCAGAAAGGUAUUGUGGACCCGUAAUAAAUACUCGCUGAACUUUGGUACUCGCUACAUACUGUCGGUACUGAUGAAACCUUACAAUGCGAGCGAUCGAGUCGCCGCGAUAACCUACAGCGGGGGAUACAAGGUUCUGGUGCACGACAAGUACACGAUGCCCGGCCCGCACUCGAUAAGUUUCAUGUUGGCCUCCACCUACGAGACCAUCGUCGGCUUAAACGGCAAACAGAUGACCACCAGUCCCGAGGUCCUUACUCUCGCUUCCAAGCAAAGGAAAUGCAGGCCAUCGACGAAGGAGAACAUCUACCGUUUGAGCAAUUGUUACAAGGAAUGCAGGAGAAACAUGAUAUACGAUCGUUGCAAGUGCGUGCACUACUUUAGCAGCGAACUUGAGCCACACCAGAUCCAUUGUAAUCUGACGCACAUUGCGUGCCUGGCGAAAGUAAUGCCCGACACUUAUUCGUUGAAGUUGCAUUCGAUGUGCGAUUGUUUGCCGGACUGUAAGGGCACCGAGUACACAAUUUCCAUAACUGGACAGCCCUUCACUGCCGUUCGGUUCAGGCCGGGGCAAUUCUACAGAAAGGCUGAGCAACAUCCUAAUUCAACAGCACUGCAUGUAACAUUUGCUAAUCAAGUAUCGAUACUCGAGCGCAAAGAGUUGGUUCUCUCUUGGAUUAAUCUUGUAUCUUCGUUAGGAGGUGUCUUCAGUUUAUUUUUGGGAUGCAGUUUCAUCUCCAUUUUCGAAUUUGUCUACUUUUUUUCCUAUCAAUUAAUCAAAAAACUACAAUCAAAAUAUACAAGAAAUUCAAUUGUAAUAAAGACAAAACUAACAAUCCGAGAAUUUACAAAUUGA